GCUGCCGCUUGCCGAGCGAUUUGUCCCGCUGCAGGGCGGGGAAGCGGCUGCGUCGCUGUAGCCCGGCGGAGAGCCUGGGAUGCCGCUGCUGAGCCGCUCCCUGCACAGCUUGACUCCGGAUCCGCCAGCCAGGUUCUGAACGGUGCCUGAACAGAAGUUAAAGAGCCAAGAGCUGCCCUCGGAGACAGGCUGCAGAAUAAUUAGUCACCAUGACGACAGAGACAGGCCCAGACUCAGAGGUGAAGAAUGCCCAGGAGGAGCCCCCACAGCAGCAGCUGGAGGCAGCGGCAACCAGUCCAACCACGGUGACCACCGGCCCUGGCCCGACGGCCAACAACCGGGAAGCUGAGGCCAACGAGAAGCCGAGAGCCCAGGCCGACUCCAGAAGUGCGGAGCCGGGCAUGGAUUUGGAGGAGAAGGACUACAGUGAAACAGACGGGCUGUCUGAGAAAACCACGCCCAGCAAGACCCAGAAAUCCCCCCAGAAAAUUGCCAAGAAGCUCAAGAGCGCCAUCUGCAGGGUGACCCUACUCGACGCCUCUGAGUAUGAGUGUGAAGUGGAGAAACACGCCCGGGGCCAGGUGCUCUUCGACAUGGUGUGUGAGCACCUCAACCUCCUGGAGAAGGAUUACUUCGGCCUGACGUUCUGCGACUCCGACAGCCAGAAGAACUGGCUGGACCCUUCCAAGGAAAUCAAAAAGCAGAUCCGCAGUGGCCCCUGGAACUUUGCCUUCACUGUUAAAUUCUACCCACCCGACCCUGCCCAGCUCACAGAGGACAUCACAAGAUACUACCUGUGUCUGCAGCUGCGGGCUGACAUCAUCACGGGCCGCUUGCCGUGCUCCUUCGUCACGCACGCCCUGCUGGGCUCCUACGCCGUGCAGGCCGAGCUGGGAGACUACGAUGCUGAGGAGCACGUCGGCAACUACGUCAGCGAGCUGCACUUCGCACCCAACCAGACCAGAGAGCUGGAGGAGCGCAUCAUGGAGCUGCACAAGACCUACAGGGGCAUGACGCCGGGCGAAGCGGAGAUCCACUUCCUGGAGAAUGCCAAGAAGCUCUCCAUGUACGGAGUCGACCUGCACCACGCCAAGGACUCAGAAGGUAUCGACAUCAUGCUGGGCGUCUGUGCCAACGGCCUGCUGAUCUACAGGGACAGGCUGAGGAUAAACCGCUUUGCCUGGCCCAAGAUCCUCAAGAUUUCCUACAAGAGGAGCAACUUCUACAUCAAAAUCCGCCCCGGCGAGUACGAGCAGUUCGAGAGCACCAUUGGCUUCAAGCUGCCCAAUCACCGCUCUGCCAAGAGGCUCUGGAAAGUCUGCAUUGAGCAUCACACCUUCUUCAGGCUGGUGUCCCCAGAGCCGCCCCCAAAGGGCUUCCUGGUGAUGGGCUCUAAGUUCCGCUACAGCGGGCGGACGCAGGCCCAGACCCGCCAGGCCAGUGCCCUGAUCGACCGGCCUGCACCCUUCUUCGAGCGCUCCUCCAGCAAACGGUACACCAUGUCUCGCAGCCUCGAUGGAGAGUUCUCGCGCCCAGCCUCCGUCAGCGAGAACCACGACGGAGGGGCCGAGUCCGAGAGGCGGGACGAGGACAGCGAGUACGGAGGGUGGCGACGCUCCGAGGCGGAGGAUGAGGUUGAGGAAGUGACGACCCCGACGAAAAUCAAGGAGCUGAAGCCGGAGCAGGAAACCACCCCCAGGCACAAGCAGGAGUUUUUAGACAAACCAGAAGACGUUUUGCUAAAGCACCAGGCCAGCAUCAAUGAGCUGAAGAGGACGCUGAAGGAGCCCAACAGCAAGCUGGUUCACAGGGACCGGGACAGGAGGCUGCCUUCAUCACCAGCCUCUUCCUCACCCAAGAAUGAGGAUGAGACGCCAAAGGGGACCCCGGAGAAGGCCAGUGAGAGGAUUGAAGAGGAUUUCCUAGAGGAGUUUUCAGCCGAGCAUGGAGCUGCCUUAUCCAUGGAGUCUUUCACCCAGAAAAGCCUUGCCUCUUCUCCUGAGAGAGCGGGAGCGAGGGAGGGCGCAGAGGAGAAAGCGAAGCCACCUCGGCACAGGGCUCCUGAGAGCGACACUGGGGAUGAGGAGCAAGACCAGGAGAGGGAUUCGGUCUUUCUGAAGGACAACCAUCUGGCCAUCGAGCGAAAGUGCUCGAGCAUCACGGUUAGCUCGACCUCCAGCCUGGAAGCCGAGGUAGACUUCACUAUGAUCGGCGACUUCCACAGCACAGCCUUUGAAGACUUCUCCAGAAGUCUGCCUGAGCUCGAUAAAGACAUGAGUGAGAGGGAAGCUGAAGGUGCGAUUUCCUCCCAGGAUACUGACAAAGCAACUCCUGGCCAAGAAGAAGAUGCCAAGGAAGGGGAGCAGGGCUCCCACCAUAUCCCAGAAGUGUCCCACUUUGAGUCAUCCGUUCUGAAAACAGAGGCUGUGACUCUCAGCUCGGUGACUGGCACAAAGAAGGCAGAACCAGAGGUCUCCGUGCACCACAGAGUCACCACGACGGAAACAACACAGGUCGACAGAGGCACCACGGGCGGAAAAGAGACAACAGCCACGUCCCACAUCGUCACCACAGAAAGCAUAUCAGUGACCUCAGAUCACAGUACCAAGCCUGGGAAGGGAAUGAGCCCCGCUACCGAACUUCGCUCCAUAUCUCCGAUCACCAGCAGCUCUGCUGGGAAGGAAGUUCUCACCAGCAUAUUUGGUGCCACUGCAGAAACCCUCUCCACCUCCACCACUACCCACGUUACCAAGACUGUGAAAGGAGGGUUUGCAGAGACCAGAAUAGAGAAGCGGAUCAUUAUUACGGGAGAUGAAGAUGUGGAUCAAGACCAGGCAUUAGCUUUGGCAAUCAAAGAGGCAAAACUACAGCACCCUGACAUGCUGGUAACCAAAGCUGUGGUAUAUAGAGAAACAGAACCAUCUCCAGAGGAAAGGGACAAGAAACCUCAGGAAUCUUGACCGCCGUGUUCACAGAAGUUGGCAUCUCUAUUCAAACCCAACUCGGAGAACAAUGAAGAAGGGGCCUUCCUGCUGGAUUCCUCAAUGAGACCUAGACGUCCUGGCUGCAACGUUAAUGGCGAGAGACAAAAUUUUUUAAAAAAGGAAUAGCAAAUAUAUAAUAUAUAUAUAUAUAUUAUAUAUAUAUAUACACAGGAAACAAAAUGCAUCCUUGCACUGCUGCUAUAUGCUGGAGGUGAAUUGCAAACAGCAACAUCAACAAUAACACACAAAACCAACCGCCUACUUUAGCCUUUGCAAACAAAUUGAAGAAUUGACUGGAUUCAUCAGAAAAACAAACAAAAAAUCAUGAUAAUAACUAUAAUAUUAUUAACAUACAAUAAACCGCCAUUUUGCAUGUUACAUUUAAAAGACACACAACUCAUGGGUUCAUUUGUUGCACACUGAAUGGAAAGGAAACGUGCUUUGCAACAAAGCAGCAAACAAAAAAACUCCAACAACCCACAAGCAGAUGCAAAACUAUUCCCCACCUAAGGAAAGAAGAGAGAGAACCAUUGAAUUGUUUGAUUACUUUGUAAUUAUUUUCUGCUUCAGGAUGUGUGGUGAUCAUCCCUCUUCCCAUUCCAUGCUAGUUCUGUUUCAUCAUUUUUUGGUUCUGUUCUUACUCCCCACACUUGUCCUUCCUUCUCUUUCCUCUGUCCCCUUGUCCGGUCUCUUGUUCUGCUGAAGGUAAUAAGAACAGAUCUCAUUUAAAACAAAACAAAACCUAUAUGUAUAUGGUUUCUCAUUUAUAAAAAUGCAGUCUGUAGGGGUUUCAUAUGAAUGUGCUUUUAAGUUAUGUAUAUUAUAUAUAACUGGGGGUGUGGAGUGGGGGGUGGGAAACAAUAUUAAAAUAAUUAAACAGUGCUGGUAAGUUUGCUGAUGACAUUUUUAAAUUAUAAUUGUUUGGUUGACUGUGGUUGAUAUACUAUGAGAAUCUUAGCUCACACUGAUAUCCCACAAGAAGAGAACAGGGAACAUUUCAUUAGCUGCUGCUCUUUGGGGGGUGGGAUGGGACGUUUGCCACUGAGUUGAUGCACUGUGGCAGGAGGGGUUGGUGUAGUGACACAGUGUAUGGUGUUUGUAAUUGGUUGGUUGGUGAUAAGGGAGUGCUCAGCAACAUGGAGGGGUGGGGGAUUGGGAAAGAAGGAAUGGACUGCAUCCAUUUACCAUUACCAAAAUGUGCCAGUCAGAAAUGUCUCCCCAUGCCCCCAAUCCAAAGAUGUUGAGGUUGUUUGGAGAUUCAAGGUUAGACUGUUUGAUUCCCAUGCUUCCCGCCUCUAGGAGUCUUUGACUCCUCAGGUCUGGAGCCCUAGCAGCAGUAGAGGUAUCAUAUCAUACUUGUCAGCAGGUUCUUGAAAACCAGGCACCUGGGCUGAGUUAGGGAUUCAUACAGUGAUCCCCCCCUAACCCACUGGUCUAGACACUUGUUUCUAGCUUCAUUUCUGAACCUCAGCCCCAGCUUGAGAGCAAGUACCUCUCCAUAGCAAGCUGUAUGUUUGCAUUUUGCCAGGGUGGCUGUAGGCUGUGCGACAGCUGCCCUGGCAGGAACAGACAAAUGGCAGCUCCCGCAUGGUACUGUCUACCGAUACUCUGGCUUAGGGUUGACUCCUGUCCAUCGACAGUGGAUGAGGAAGAUACCAUGUGACAAACGUGCAGGGAAUAGCAGGUUUACAGGGCUGGAUAGAAUUGCCCAGUCAUCCAGAACUUAGAGGGCAGAUGCUGAUGAGGCAGCGGGAAGGCAGAGAGGCUGCUUUCCCCACGACUGGUCAGAACUUGGCACUUAGAUAAAGUUUUCCUCUGCUGCUGCCUAUGGAGUGGAGAUUUUGGGCCCAGUCUAGGACCUGAGGCACUGUGUGAGACAGGCAGUUAGGGCAGACUUAGAACCAAAAAAAGAAAAGGAAAUGAACUGAUUUCCAAAUGGAAUUGUCACAAGCUCCUGAAACUACAGAAGGGUCCACAAACAUUGCACUAUCUUUGUCUUUAUUUCCCCACCCCACACUUAAUGCCUGGAGAGGAAGCACAUCUAGCUAGUCCCCAUGAUAGGAUCUGGGAAUCCUAUUGAAAAUGGACAACUUGAAUAUUUAGAAUCAGGUGGGCAUACCUCAUAUGAUCAAUUUCCUACCAUAGCAGGGAUUCCUGAGUCUCUGGUGGGCCUCGGUCUUUCCAGUUGGCUUCUGGGUGGGAGGGAUAGCUCAGUGGUUUGAGCAUUGGCCUGCUAAACCCAGGGUUGUAAGUUCAAUCCUUAAGGGGGCCAUUUAGGGAUCUGGGGCAAAAAUCUGGGGAUUGAUCCUGCUUUGAGCAGGGGGUUGGACUAGAUGACCUCCUGAGGUCCCUUCCAACCCCGAUAUUCUAUGAGACUGUGUCUCCACGAAGUCUGUUCUCCUUUUGGCACAUGGGUUUCUCCUGUAAGCAUUAAAGGGAUGAGCACUGGCUCCCUGACAAUAGCACUGAUUCAUGUGCUAGUGCCAGUGAGGGUCAUUUCAGGCUUCUGAUGAAUCCAAAUGUGUGGUGUUCUCCCUGGAUUCUCCCUGAAAGUUCACAGCCACCAAUAACCUGCUGCUGCUUUAGGAACAACACUCACCAAAACCCAAAAGGAGUGACAGCAAUUACACAAAGACUUUUUUUUAAAAACACCCAAGUCAGCUGUAAAAAACACAUGUGCUUUCAGGAAGAGAAGCCCAACUCAGAGGACCUGUUCCCAAGAGCUGUGCAAGGCAUUAAGCCUGUCUGUUCUGCUAUCAGAGGGGGUACAUUCCCCCAUGCAUCACACUGGCUGUUUGACACAUUUUGAAUUUCAAACAAACCAAAAAAAAAAAAAAAAAAAAAGCUGGUAGAAACUUGAUGCUAUUGAAAUUGAAUUAGAGGCUACUUUGAAACUCCAGGAGCCUGAUUCUGAUCUCGCUCAUGCUAGUGUAAAAUCUGGAGUCACUCCAUUAGAAACAGUGGAGUUGCACUGCUGCAAAAUCGGUGGAAGUGAGAUUAGAAACAGAUCCUGCAUGUUCAGAGCUAAAAAACAGUGGACCUAUUUUUCUGGAUUCCUCACAGUGAGUGACAAUGGGGGGGCGGGGGGAGCAUGAGUCUUUUGCUCACCUGGCAAGAUGUGGGUUUUAUAGAUAUAGAAAUAGAUAUAAUCCACGCCUUGCCAGGUGAGCAAUAGACACAAGCUUUUUCUUUAUAUAUUUUUUAUAUAUCUAUAUUGUUUGUGAUGGUGUUGAAGCCGUGCAUCACUCUAAGGCCUUGGCUUCCUCCCACCUUCUUCGUCACUGUCGCUGACAUUUCAGAUUUUUCUUUUCACUAUUUUUCUUUUUUCUGGGGGCCUUUCCGUUGAAGUGGGUGGGAGACACGAGUGCCUGUUUGUCCCUAAAUCUGCAAGUUCAUUUCAAAACUGGCCUGCAAUUGCAUGAGUGAUAAUAAUAAUAAACAGGAUUUUUAUUUGAAAAGCACCUUACCAACCAACUGCAAUGCUCUGUCGUUCCUUCACUAACUCCCCUUUCCUCUUCCCCUGUUCCUCUUCUCCCCCUCGCCCCUUUCAAUCAUAUUCUUUUUCAGUACUUGGUGGUGUAUGCGUGUGUGCUCACUGUUCUUGUAUUCAAUAAAAGUGAAAUAAAUGUGUUUGAUGCUCAACCA